AUGCUGACUGCUUCUACAUACAUUUGUGAAAGACUGUGCAGUAAGUCCAUCCGUGAAGUAUUAUUGCUACUAAAUAUUCCACAUUCAUCUGUUAGUGGUAUUAUAACAAAUUGGAAGCAAUUCGGAACAACAGCAACUCAGCCACCAAGUGGUAGGCCACGUAAAAUGACAGAGCGGGGUCAGCGUUUAGUGCGCAGAAGUCACCAACUGUCUGCAGAGUCAAUAGCUAAAGACCACCAAACAUCAUAUGGCCUUCAGAUUAGCACAACAUCAGUGUGUCGAGAGCUUCAUGGAAUGGGUUUCCAUGGCCGAGCAGCUAUAUCCAAGCCUUACAUCACAAAAGUGCAAUGCAAAGCGCCAGAUACAGUGGUGUAAAGCACGCUGCCACUGGACUCUAG